AUGUCUUCUUUGGGGAGGAAGCGUGAGAAACACAGCCCUUUUACCCUGAAACCUGACCCUCGGAGGAAGACCAGCGCAGAGAUCGUCACCGAGAUCAGGUGUUCGCUGAGGACCACAGACAGCUGUUCGGGGAGACCUCCUCUCGAGCCCAAGAUGCUCCAACCUCCCUCUAUGUUCAGGUUAGGGAUCUGGUUAAAGCCCCUAUCUUGUAACCCCCCUAGAAGUAGUCUAGUGUCACAUCCAUACAGUGUACUAAAUUAAUAAGGUCUCUCUUUUCCUCUUUCAGCAUCUACACUCGCAACUUUGAAGCACCAGACUCCAUACCGGGUUCUGGAACUCGCCUGUCUCCUCUGGAACAUGUGGGUUCUUCUCCUCAUUGUACAUCUCAUAUCCUUACUGUUGAACUGUACAUUCAUCUGUGUGUAUCCUUGUGAACUUGUUGGGGAUCUAGGAAAGCCUGAGUCUAUUGUUCUGAUCAGCUGAAGACUACACAUACUACAUCAGUGCUUGGUCCCUCAAUGAGGAAGUCAUUUUUGUGGGCUACCAGAAGCCCAGGUUGCCAGUGGCCCAGGAUGAGGAACCAGACCCCGCCAGCCCCAAAGCCCUCCCAAAACCCCCCUCUGACCCCCUGGAGCUGAAGAGGAGGGCGGCAGGGGCGAGGGCGCGCCUCCUCAGAGCUGGCUCUCUGACAACACUCCCACCUGUGGCACGGUAAGGGGAGAUGGAGAGAGAGGGAGAAAUGAAAGAGAGAUGGGAGGUAAUAUAAAGUAAGAUAUAGAGAGGUGCAUGUUAGGGUUUUUGAGGGGGGAGGAGGGAGGAGGGAGUGGAGAGGGAUGGUCGAUGGUUGCAAUAAGCAAAACAUUAACACUUUAUUAUUGUAAGGAAAUAUCUCAGCGUGUUGUCUGCCAGUCAUUUUAUUAUUAAUAAAUCAUUUGCUCAGGCAGAGGGCUGGAGCAGCUCUUCUCCCAAAGGGAAAUGAAUGGAACUAUUCAAAGGAGGAAAUUAUACCUGAUUUACAUUCCCACUUGGUUGGUUGAGGUGGAAAACGUUAUUCACUGCAGCUGGCUCUUUGUCUUGCAAACUCAUACCUUCAUUUUAUUUUUGCACAGUUCAAGUUCAGUGUUCAAGGUUUACAUGUCUGUACUCUCUACCUCCAGUCAUUCUCCUUGUUAAGAACUUUCCUAUUUAGACCAGGCCAUCUUAGAGAGAGUGGAAAGAGACAGAAAAAAGAGAGUGAGGGGUUGAGCCAGGGGUGAGAUAGAGAACGAAUAACAGACUGAUAUACAGAGUCAUUUGGAGUGUGCAGUGCACGCUUGAGAAAUGGAGAAAGAGAGUGAGAAAUAAACAGAGAGAGAUUAGACAUUGGCUGCUUCUUUUUCUCCAAUAGGCCUGGGCUUUAUAGCUCCAAAUGGCUGUCUAUUAGAUUUGGGUGCCCAUCUGGGUACGGCUAGAAGCCGCGUAGCAGCAUCUCUGCUGGGACUGACUGACUGACUGCUGUCCACAGGCCAAGCCAUGCCCAGGCCCAAGACACAGAUGAGAUCAUGUCUCGGAGAAUGCACUAUCACACACAGAGGCCCUAUUAUCAGGCCCUAAUCCCAUCACACAGACCCCAUGCUCUCUCUCGCUCUCUCUCUCUCUCUCUCUCUCUCUCUCUCUCUCUCUCUCUCUCUCUCUCUCUCUCUCUCUCUCUCUCUCUCUCUCUCUCUGCAGUAUGUCUCUGUGUGUGUGUGUUUGUCUCUCUCCCUCUUUUCCUCCCUCUCUCUCUCUGACAUUUAGAAUAACAAUUGUCUCUGCUUGUGCUCUCUGCUCUAGUCUAUGUGAUGUGUACCAGCUUCAGUUAUGUUAGUAAGUCAUCCAAUAGAUGCUUUAGCCCUUGAGGGAGUUGUAAGUUCCAUGCAGAAUUUGACUCUGUUUACUUACAGUUGAAGUCGGAAGUUUACAUACAUUUAGGUUGGAGUCAUUAAAACCCGUUUUUCAACCACUCCACAAAUUUCUUGUUAACAAACUAUAGUUUUGGCAAGUCGGUUAGGACAUCUACUUUGUGCAUGACACAAGUAAUUUUUCCAACAAUUGUUUACAGUCAGAUUAUUUGACUUAUAAUUCACUGUAUCACAAUUCCAGUGGGUCAGAAGUUUACAUACACUAAGUUGACUGUGCCUUUAAACAGCUUGGAAAAUUCCAGAAAAUUAUGUCAUGGCUUUAGAAGCUUCUGAUAGGCUAAUUGACAUCAUUUGAGUCAAUUGGAGGUGUACCUGUGGAUGUAUUUCAAGGCCUACCUUCAAACGCAGUGCCUCCUUUCUUGACAUCAUGGGAAAAUCAAAAGAAAUCAGCCAAGACCUCAGAAAACAAUUGUAGACCUCCACAAGUCUGGUUCAUCCUUGGGAGCAAUUUCCAAAUGCCUGAAGGUACCACGUUCAUCUGUACAAACAAUAGUACCCAAGUAUAAACACCAUGGAACCACGCAGCCAUCAUACCGCUCAGGAAGGAGACGCGUUCUGUCUCCUAGAGAUGAACGUACUUUGGUGCGAAAUGUGCAAAUCAAUCCCAGAACAACAGCAAAGGACCUUGUGAAGAUGCUGGAGGAAACAGGUACAAAAGUAUCUAUAUCCACAGUAAAACGAGUCCUAUAUCGACAUAACCUGAAAGGCCGCUCAGCAAGGAAGAAGCCACUGCUCCAAAACCGCCAUAAAAAAAGCAAGACUACGGUUUGCAACUGCACAUGGGGACAAAGAUCGGACUUUUCUGAGAAAUGUCCUCUGGUCUGAUGAAACAAAAAGAACACCAUCCCAACCGUGAAGCACGGGGGGUGGCAGCAUCAUGCUGUGGGGGUGCUUUGCUGCAGGAGGGACUGGUGCUGUCACAGAUUCUGCCGAGGCUGCUCCUCCUCCUUGCUUGGGCAGGCUUCGGCGUUCGUCGUCCCCGGAGUACUAGCUACUGCCGUUCGAUGUUAUCGGUGUUUGUUUAGUUUUGUCUGUAUUGUUUACACCUGUUCGUCAUUAUGUUAAUUCCAUGCAGAAUUUGACUCUGUUUACUUACAGUUGAAGUCGGAAGUUUACAUACAUUUAGGUUGGAGUCAUUAAAACCCUUUUUUUUUUUAUUACCCCUGUCUCUCACCUGUACUUUGUGUGUGAUUGUUUUCCCCUUCACGGUUGUCAUUUUUGUGAGUGGGUUAUUUCCUCCCUGCGUGGAGUUAUUUUCUGUGUCCUUUUGGAUCCUUUUCGUAUUAAAAGUACGUAUCCGAGAGUUCUGUGUCCUGCGCCUGACUUCGUUUACCGCAUCUCACAGACAGUCGUGACAGGUGCACUUCACAAAAUAGAUGGCAUCAUGAGGAAGGAAAAUGAUGUGGAUAUAUUGAAGCAACAUCUCAACACAUCAGUCAGGAAGUUAAAGCUUGGUCGCAAAUGGGUCUUCCAAAUGGACAAUGACCUCAGGCAUACUUCCAAAGUUGUGGCAAAAUGGCUUAAGGACAACAAAGUCAAGGUAUUGGAGUGGCCAUCACAAAGCCCUGACCUCAAUCCUAUAGAAAAUAUGUGGGCAGAACUGAAAAAGCGUGUGCGAGCAAGGAGGCCUACAAACCUGACUCGGUUACACCAGCUCUGUCAGGAGGAAUGGGCCAAAAUUCAUCCAACUUAUUGUGGGAAGCUUGUGGAAGGCUACCUGAAACGUUUGACCCAAGUUAAACAAUUUAAAGGCAAUGCUACCAAAUACUAAUUGAGUGUAUGUAAACUUCUGACCCACUGGGAAUGUGAUGAAAGAAAUAAAAGCUGAAAUAAAUAAUUCUCUAUACUAUUAUUCUGACAUUUCACAUUCUUAAAAUAAAGUGGUGAUCCUAACUGACCUAAUACAGGGAAUUCUUACUAGGAUUAAAUGUCAGGAAUUGUGAAAAACUGAGUUUAAAUGUAUUUGGCUAAGGUGUAUGUAAACUUCCGACUUCAACUGUAUCUAUUCUCCCAUAUGCUCUUACAAUGACUUACAUACGGUAGGGAUAUUAGAGCACUCUCAAGAUUAAUUUGAUCAUCUGUGAACAAAACAGUGCAGAUUAAAACAGCAAGUUAUUGGUGUUACUGUCCGUUCUGUAACUGAAAAUAACUGUUGAGUAAAGUCACAGUGACAAAGCAUGAACGGCUUUAACCAUGGUUAACCCACGAAGCUGUGGUCUCAGUUCCUGUCUGUUGCAGAUCGCUUUGUAUGAGACUGACACAAGCUCAGGCACACACACACAGGGGCAGAGAACACAAGCUAUAUAAGAUACAGUAUCAGGCGGUGCAGCUUCAGUUUCUGCAACCUCUGUUGCAAUGGGGACACCUAGUGUUAACUGAAGUAACUGGUCACAUACAGUUCAGAAAGUAUUCACACCCCUUUUCUUAUUCCACAAUGUUGUUGUGUUACAGUGUGAAUUCAAAAUGGAUUAAAUACAUAUUUGUUUUUUGCUCAUCUACACACAAUACCCCAUAAUGACAAAGAGAAAACAUAUUUCUAGAAUUUUUGCACAUUUAUUGAAAAUGAAAUACAGAACUAUCUCAUUUACAUAAGUAUUCACACCCUGAGUCAGUACAUGUUAGAAUCAUCUUUGGCAGCGAUUACAGCUAUAAGUCUUUCUGGGUAAGUCUCGAAGAGCUUUGCACACCUGGAUUGUACAAUAUUAGCUCAUUAUUCUUUUUAAAAUGUCUUCAAGCUCUGUCAAUUUGGUUGUUGAUCAUUGCUAGACAGCCAUUUUCAAGUCUUGCAAUAGAUUUUCAAGCCGAUUUAAGUCAAAACAGUAACUAGGCCACUCAGGAACAUUCAAUGUUGUCUUAGUAAGCAACUCCAGUGUAUAUUUGGCCUUAUGUUUUAGGUUAUUGUCCUGCCGAAAGGUGAAUUUGUCUCCCAGUGUCUGUUGGAAAGCAGACUGAACCAGGUUUUCCUCUAGGAUUUUGCCUGUGCUUAGCUCUAUUCCAUUUAUUUUUAUCCUAAAAAAAACUCCCUUGUCCUUGCCGAUGACAACCAUACCCAUAACAUGAUGCAGCCACCACCAUGUUUGAAAAUAUGAAGAGUGGUACUCAGUGAUAUGUUGGAUUUGCCCCAAACAUAAUGCUUUCAGGACAUAAAGUUAAUUUCUUAGCAAUUCUUUUUGCAGUUUUACUUUAGUGCCUUAUUGCAAACAAUAGUAUUGUGGAGUAACUACAUUGUUGUUGAUCCAUCCUCAGUUUUCUCCUAUCACAGCCAUUAAACUCUGUAACUGUUUUAAAGUCGCCAUUGGCCUUCCAUCCUCUCUGAUAACUGAGUUAGGAAGGACACCUGCAUUUUUGUAGUGACUGUGUGUAUUGAUACACCAUCCAAAGUGUAAUGAAUAACUUCACCAUGCUCAAAGGUAUAUUUAAUGUCUGCUUUUUUAUCCAUCUACCAAUAGGUGUCCUUAUUUGUGAGGCAUUGGAAAACCUCCCUGGUCUUUGUGGUUUAAUCUGUGUUUGAAAUUCAUUGCUCGACUGGAGGACCUUACAGAUAAUUGUAUGUGUGGGGUACAGAGAUGAGGUAGUCAUUCAAAAAUCCUGUUAAACAUUAUUGCAACUUAUUAUGUGACUUGUUUAAGCACAUUUUUACUCCUGAACAUAUUUAGGCUUACAAUAACAAAGGAGUUGAAUACUUAUUGACUCAAGACAUUUUAUCUUUUAUCUUUUCAUUUGUAAUUAAUCUGUAGAUGGGUAGAUGUGUGUCAAAACCUUUAGUGCUUAUAACAAGUUUGUAACAAGUUCAUUUGAAUAUAGAUUUUGAUUUAGUUUUACCUUUGUUACCCUGACUUUGAAUGAUGUUUUUAUUUUAUUUUAGCUUAAAUUCAGAGUUGGUUUGAUAUUUACACAUUGACUGGUGGAGGACACAGUAAGCUGCUAAAUGAAAAGAACCAAGAAUGUAGUGUUAAUCUCAUCUCCAACAUAAACACAUUUCUUUCCUCUCGACUGUGAGAGCUUAGCAGAGUGGCACACUGAUCAGGCAGAGUGGUGUUGCUAAGGGCCUCACUCCCACCUUCUGUAAGCAGCAGCCAAUGGCUGUCAGAGCUGUUGGUCUGUAACCACCGCUUCCUGCACCAGGCAGCCAGGCACACAGAUAAUAUGCAAAUGUUCAUUAAAGAGAUGUCAGGAUGUGAGAUAGAAAACACACAGACACACACACACACACACACACACACACACACACACACACACACACACACACACACACACACACACAGACACACACACUGACACACAGACACAGACACACAGACACACACACACACACAGACACACAGACACACAGACACACACACAAAUCAGAGGAAGUGCAGAUGGGAACGAUGAACUUUCGUUGCAGGCAUCAAACUUCCUGCAGAACAAUUUAUUUUAAGACGCUGAACUUGUGAGCCAUACUUGCACCAAGUUGAGGUUUGAGGCAGUAGCCUUGUCUAACUGUUUUAUUUUCUUCCCUUUUCAUCUCCUUGUUUCUGUGUCAGAGUUAGGAACAGAGUUAGGCAACGGAGACAGACCAGCCAGCCAGGAGGCUGAGGAGGAAUCAGUGGUGUGGAAGUUAAGAUUGUCCCUAUUUUGCAAGAGCUGGAGUCCAUCGCUGCAGGUAGUGUUCUGUUUGCUAUGAAACGGACCCCAAAAGAAAGAUGUUAUCCUCAAUAUUAGGACAAUGAUGACUGGACGGUGUUGAAUUGCAAUUCUUUCCCUAAUCCAUCUAUGUCCUGUACAAAAAGCACCUCUUUCAUAAAUGCACAAAUUAUUUUAUUACUUUUUGUGAACUGGGGAAAUAUUGCGAAAACAAAGUUUCUCAUGUGCUAUUCAACUGAUUUCAUUAUCAUGCUAAUAUGUACAGUCGGAAAUAGAUUUAGGUAGAAAAACACACACACGCACACAAAUAAAAUAAAUAAACACAGAGCCAUUUUAACCGUCGAAAAAAUUAAAACUAAGCAGUGUUGUGUUUGGCGUCCCUACAGAAUUCUCCUAGACUGACUUUGCAGUCUGACUACCACCAAACGAAAUCUACGGUUAUACAGUGGGGGGGAAAAAGUAUUUAGUCAGCCACCAAUUGUGCAAGUUCUCCCACUUAAAAGGAUGAGAGAGGCCUGUAAUUUUCAUCAUAGGUACACGUCAACUAUGACAGACAAAAUGAGGAAAAAAAAUCCAGAAAAUCACAUAGGAUUUUUAAUGAAUUUAUUUGCAAAUUAUGGUGGAAAAUAAGUAUUUGGUCAAUAACAAAAGUUUCUCAAUACUUUGUUAUAUACCCUUUGUUGGCAAUGACACAGGUCAAACGUUUUCUGUAAGGUUUUCACACACUGUUGCUGGUAUUUUGGCCCAUUCCUCCAUGCAGAUCUCCUCUAGAGCAGUGAUGUUUUGGGGCUGUCGCUGGGCAACACGGACUUUCAACUCCCUCCAAAGAUUUUCUAUGGGGUUGAGAUCUGGAGACUGGCUAGGCCACUCCAGGACCUUGAAAUGCUUCUUACGAAGCCACUCCUUCGUUGCCUGGGCGGUGUGUUUGGGAUCAUUGUCAUGCUGAAAGACCAAGCCACGUUUAAUCUUCAAUGCCCUUGCUGAUGGAAGGAGGUUUUCACUCAAAAUCUCACGAUACAUGGCCCCAUUCAUUCUUUCCUUUACACGGAUCAGUCGUCCUGGUCCCUUUGCAGAAAAACAGCCCCAAAGCAUGAUGUUUCCACCCCCAUGCUUCACAGUAGGUAUGGUGUUCUUUGGAUGCAACUCAGCAUUCUUUGUCCUCCAAACACGACGAGUUGAGUUUUUAACAAAAAGUUCUAUUUUGGUUUCAUCUGACCAUAUGACAUUCUCUUCUGGAUCAUCCAAAUGCACUCUAGCAAACUUCAGACGGGCCUGGACAUGUACUGGCUUAAGUAGGGGGACACGUCUGGCACUGCAGGAUUUGAGUCCCUGGUGGCGUAGUGUGUUACUGAUGGUAGGCUUUGUUACUUUGGUCCCAGCUCUCUGCAGGUCAUUCACUAGGUCCCCCCGUGUGGUUCUGGGAUUUUUGCUCACCGUUCUUGUGAUCAUUUUGACCCCACGGGGUGAGAUCUUGCGUGGAGCCCCAGAUCGAGGGAGAUUAUCAGUGGUCUUGUAUGUCUUCCAUUUCCUAAUAAUUGCUCCCACAGUUGAUUUCUUCAAACCAAGCUGCUUACCUAUUGCAGAUUCAGUCUUCCCAGCCUGGUGCAGGUCUACCAUUUUGUUUCUGGUGUCCUUUGACAGCUCUUUGGUCUUGGCCAUAGUGGAGUUUGGAGUGUGACUGUUUGAGGUUGUGGACAGGUGUCGUUUAUACUGAUAACAAGUUCAAACAGGUGCCAUUAAUACAGGUAACGAGUGGAGGACAGAGGAGCCUCUUAAAGAAGAAGUUACAGGUCUGUGAGAGCCAGAAAUAUUGCUUGUUUGUAGGUGACCAAAUACUUAUUUUCCACCAUAAUUUGCAAAUAAAUUCAUAAAAAAUCCUACAAUGGGAUUUUCUGGGUUUUUUUUUCUCAAUUUGUCUGUCAUAGUUGACAUGUACCUAUGAUGAAAAUUACAGGCCUUUUAAGCGGGAGAACUUGCACAAUUGGUGGCUGACUAAAUACUUUUUUUCCCCCACUGUAAAUAUUUAAACACUUUUUUAAUUUAAUGGAAAUUCAUUUGAAGGAUAAAUGUUAAAUAUUUAUUGUACCAAGUACCUUCUGGCUCAUGCAUAAAACACUUCUCAGAUUGGCUGGGAAAUUGCAGUAUGUUGAGUCGAGUGUGUAGCCAAACUUUCUGGUUCUGAAAGAGGCAGUUGGCCGCCUUUUUUCUACAGAAGAAAAACAUUUAUUUUACCUAGAAAACACAAGGAAAAGCGCCCCACCCUCUCUCUUCCUCUAUGUAAAGUACAUUAUGUUAAUCAUGCAUAUUCACUGAGGGCCAAAUCCUAACAUAAGAUAUGAGUGCAUAACUCAUAACUCUGUCUGCAUAUGCAUUAAUCAUACAUGGCAGUGGUAUAUUUGCACAAAAAAAGUUAUAACAAGUUUUAAAAUAUAUACAUUCUUCUCAAUCAUGUGACUCUCCUCAGGUGAAUCAGAGGACGCCGUGGAGAGGCUGUGUAACACGUGUGACCGUCUCCAUGGCACCCUGGCCAAGCAAGGCAUGCUGGGCCAGCAUUGCAGGAGUAGGGCUGGGCUUCUCAAAGCGCUGUUCUGCCUCAUCGACCUCGACUCUGCCCAACUCAACCUGCAGCUCGCCAAACUCACCCUGGCUGUGAGUACAAUCAAUGUCAUCAUGAUGGUUCUCUUUCUCCCAUCUCUUCCCUGCCCUAAGACACAACAGUAGCUUUCUCAGACCAGACCUUAGUUAGCCUUGUUGGGAGACAUCAUUAGUACAAAGCAACAGCGUAAGGUUCCUGCUGUGUUAGUAGAUUGUCUGAUAACUUUGCGUUGUUCAGCUGAGCGUCAGUGGCAACGACCUGCUUAACAUCUGUAAACUCAUCUUCAAGAUCAGCCGCAGUGAGAGCAACGAGCUCCUCUUCCAGAACAACUCCAUCAUAGGUAACACAUUGACACACUGUACAAUAUGUGUGUACACUGAUUGUAUAAUGUUGCUUAUAUAUGUUUGAAUGUUUGUUUUUGUCUUUACCUUUGUAAGGAUCAGUGGCGGCUGGUGGAGGAGCUAUAGGAGGACGGGCUCAUUGUAAUGACUGAGGUUGAAGUGUCUUAACAAGUGUGUUAUGUGUGACUUUGUAUUACACCUAGAUUGCCUGCUGUGUGUGCUGAACUGUGAGGAUGUGUGUGUGUCUGGGGAGGCUGUAUUGUACUGUGUGGGCACUCUGAAGUUCUUCUCAGGGAACUCCGCCCUCCUCAGGCUCCCUUUGGCCAAGGACCGUGUGAGUGUGGCCACCCUGCUCAUUCAGAGGCUCCACCCACUGGCCCGACCAGACCACGCCCAGUUCACCAUCGCAGAACACAUCCUCGUAUACAGUGAGGGAAAAAAGUAUUUGAUCCCCUGCUGAUUUUGUAUGUUUGCCCACUGACAAAGACAUGAUCAGUCUAUAAUUUUAAUGGUAGGUUUAUUUGAACAGUGAGAGACAGAAUAACAACAAAAAAAUCCAGAAAAACGCAUGUCAAACAUGUUAUGAAUUGAUUUGCAUUUUAAUGAGGGAAAUAAGUAUUUGACCCCUCUGCAAAACAUGACUUAGUACUUGGUGGCAAAACCCUUGUUGGCAAUCACAGAGGUCAGACGUUUCUUGUAGUUGGCCACCAGGUUUGCACACAUCUCAGGAGGGAUUUUGUUCCACUCCUCUUUGCAGAUCUUCUCCAAAUCAUUAAGGUUUCGAGGCUGACGUUUGGCAACUCGAACCUUCAGCUCCCUCCACAGAUGUUCUAUGUGAUUAAGGUCUGGAGACAGGCUAGGCCACUCCAAGACCUUAAUGUGCUUCUUCUUGAGCCACUCCUUUGUUGCCUUGGCCGUGUGUUUUGGGUCAUUGUCAUGCUGGAAUACCCAUCCACGACCCAUUUUCAAUGCCCUGGCUGAGGGAAGGAGGUUCUCACCCAAGAUUUGACAGUAGAAAUGCGGUCCCUUUGAUGCGGUGAAGUUGUCCUGUCCCCUUAGCAGAAAAACACCCCCAAAGCAUAAUGUUUCCACCUCCAUGUUUGACGGUGGGGAUGGUGUUCUUGGGGUCAUAGGCAGCAUUCCUCCUCCUCCAAACACGGCGAGUUGAGUUGACGCCAAAGAGCUCGAUUUUGGUCUCAUCUGACCACAACACUUUCACCCAGUUCUCCUCUGAAUCAUUCAGAUGUUCAUUGGCAAACUUCAGACGGCUCUGUAUAUGUGCUUUCUUGAGCAGGGGAACCUUGCGGGCGCUGGAGGAUUUCAGUCCUUCACGGCGUAGUGUGUUACCAAUUGUUUUCUUGGUGACUAUGGUCCCAGCUGCCUUGAGAUCAUUGACAAGAUCCUCCCGUGUAGUUCUGGGCUGAUUCCUCACCGUUCUCAUGAUCAUUGCAACUCCACGAGGUGAGAUCUUGCAUGGAGCCCCAGGCCGAGGGAGAUUGACAGGUAUUUUGUGUUUCUUCUAUUUGCGAAUAAUCGCACCAACUGUUGUCACCUUCUCACCAAGCUGCUUGGUGAUGGUCUUGUAGCCCAUUCCAGCCUUGUGUAGGUCUACAAUCUUGUCCCUGACAUCCUUGGAGAGGUCUUUGGUCUUGGCCAUGGUGGAAAGUUUGGAAUCUGAUUGAUUGAUUGCUUCUGUGGACAGGUGUCUUUUAUACAGGUAACAAGCUGAGAUUAGGAGCACUCCCUUUAAGAGUGUGCUCCUAAUCUCAGCUCGUUACCUGUAUAAAAGACACCUGGGAGCCAGAAAUCUUUCUGAUUGAGAGGGGGUCAAAUACUUAUUUCCCUCAUUAAAAUGCAAAUCAAUUUAUAAAAUUUUUGACAUGCGUUUUCUGGAUUUUUUUGUUGUUAUUCUGUCUCUCACUGUUCAAAUAAACCUACCAUUAAAAUUAUAGACUGAUCAUUUCUUUGUCAGUGGGCAAACGUACAAAAUCAGCAGGGGAUCAAAUACUUUUUUCCCUCACUGUAGGUGAGAUGGUAGCGUGGAAGUCUUGGAAAUGACAGACUCUCUUGGUAACAUCGAAAAUGGAAGAAAAAAAAUGUCCGGGGAGGGUCCUCUUCAGACAGACAACUCUCCCAACAAAUCACGAGGUAGACAUGCCAGAACAUCACAAUUCAAAACCAAGGUUUGCAGGCAAAACCUUUACAUUGGUUUUAGAGAAGGUAGUUGAUGCAAACUAGCCACUUGAGAAAUGUAUUCAUUAAAAGUAACCUCUGUGAUCUCCAUCUUGCUAGUUACUAUUUUCUGUCCGGGGGAUGUGGGCAACAAGCGGAUGAGGCAGUGGCAUAGAUCCUCUAUGCCAAACUGACAUUGUAUCCGUACAGGCUUGUAAGCCGGAACAUUGGUACAUUGUGGGGGGCAACCUGUCUGUCUAGAUAGACAAGUUGCUUGGGGUAGAAAUUACCCCGAACUUCAGAUCUAGGAUCAGUUAUGCACACUAUGGUAAAGGCCCGGUAGAGCUGAUCACAAAUCAGUCAAGGGCAGUUACUUGAGCAACUUUCUGCUAAAUUCCUCGACAACUGAACAGUUAACUUCUCAGUAGAAGUAAAAAAUGUGAAACAGAAAACAAUUAAAGGAACAAACUGCGAAAUAUUCAGCUUCAGGGAACUUCUCAGAGUUCUGGUGAGGGGAACUUUAAUUUGCCUUUCCUGCUAUUAGGAAUGAUGUUUUUAGUCUACUGCUUCAUAAUGUUCUGAUCUGUUCUGGCCACAACAUACACAGCUCUGCUCCACAGUACAGUACAGUACAGUAUGUUUAAUUCUAUAGAAAAUCACCUCUGUAUUGCUAACAACUUCAGUCUGAUUAAGAUAACAUCCUGAGUUAGCGGUUAACAGAUUAUUUGAUAUGAAAGGCUCCACGGCGGCCUGUCUGGCUGCUUGUUAUGCUGCUGGCAGUCUGAGGGAACUCAGAGUAAUAGAAUGUUCCAGUUUUCUUCUCAUUCAGCGCAAUUGCAGAAAACGCUUUGUGUGGUGUUAGAAAUCACAGUUUCCUUCAUGAUAGCGACCUCUCUCUCUCUCUCUCUCUCUCUCUCUCUCUCUCUCUCUCUCUCUCUCUCUCUCUUUCUCUCUUUCUCACCAUCUUCUCUUCUAACCUCCGACCCCUGCAGUUGACAGCGACCCUGAGGAAUCUGGCUGACCUCCCAGAGUCCCGCCCCCACUUCGUCUCCCACCGUGCCCUGACCAAACUGUGCUAGGCGCUGCACCAUCACCACGGAGACCAAGAUAUCUGUACCAACAUCGCCAGGUUAUUCAGGUACCUGUACCACACACACACACACACACACACACACACACACACACACACACACACACACACACACACACACACACACACACACACACACACACACACACCUAAAACAUCUCACCUGACAUUUAACUGUUUCAUUGAAAGUGGGACAAUACAGACCUCAGACCAUUCACAACACUCCUUGACAUUGUGCAUUACUUUUUAGUGUGUAAAAAAAUGAGGUGAUAGUUAAAGAUAGCUCAGAUACUUUUUCCGACCACAUCAGCCAAAACUGUUAUUUCACAUACAACCUUAUAUGAAUCAACAGUUCACUAUAUGACAGUACAUGAUUCUAAAAGCAUGUAGCACUUCCUAUUUCCACAACUAAUACCAAUAAACCCAAUUCUUUUUUUGUGACAAUAGCAGUCCAGUCUGUGACAAUCUGGUCAGUGUUAUUUGUUGUCCCUCUGUCUGUCCUCCAGUAAACUGUCCUCCUACUCUGGCCAAGACCCCUGGCUGUUACACACUAUUUAUAGAACUGAUGAGCAAACACCAGCGGAAACAGGUGAGCCGGGCCCCCUGUGUAUCUCUGUGUGUGUAUCUCUAUCUGUGUGUGUAUCUCUGUCUGUGUGUGUAUCGCUGUGUGUGUAUCUCUGUGUGUGUAUCGCUGUGUGUGUGUGUGUGUGUGUGUGUGUGUGUGUGUAUGUGUCUGUGUGUUUGUAUGUGUGUGUGUGUGUGGUAUAGGAAGCAAAAGAGCCCAUUCACUCCCAGUGUUUAUACUGUACAUUGACUAAGUCUGUCUUCAGGAAGUUGUUUAUGUACUUCAAGUCCCAUUAUAGUUACAGCAGUGUGUGCGCGCGCAUUUUGACAUUAAUCAGCGUCCCAGGAGAAACUGAGGAAGUAAUCCUGCCCUUAGGGAGACGAGGUGGGGAGGUAGGCUCUGGCAAUCAGAGAGGACUCUUAAUCACCCAGGAAAUAAACACACACACACACACACACACACACACACACACACACACACACACAGGAGACACACAUAUAUUCCCCUGUUAUUAUACAUAGACACACGGUUGAUCACAUUGUGUCCUGAAUAACUCUUUGACAGGACAGCUUGUCCCCAUAACCUUGUCAGUACAGUAUGUUACAGCCCAGUUCAUCUCAGCCACACUGGCCAGUCAGCCCAGCCAGGCCCAGGGUAACUCUGUGUGUGUUUCUGUGUUUCUGUGUUUGUGACACACACUUUAGGGGACGGACAGAGUGCGAUUAAGAAACAAACGUGGUAUACAGGUUGUUUUCUUCUCCUUUUUGGGUAAUUUGUCGAUCCUUGUUGUUGUGGUGGGAGAGAAACGGUAAAUAUGACGAAUGCCAGGUCAUAUCUGAUAGGAGAAAUGACUGUAUUACUCUCUGUAAUCACCAAGGUAUUUGUUUAUGUGGAUAACACACAUGCAUGCAUGCACGCACACACACACACACACACACACACACACACACACAUUACACCUGAUCCUCUGUCUCUCCCCCACACAGGACCUGGUGGUGCGUCUACUCUUCACUCUGGGUAACCUAACGUCUCGGAGCAGUGAGGCCAGAGAGCACCUCUUCACAGCUGAGGGGUGUGUGUCCGUGCUGCUUGGGCUCUACAACACCUACCAGGGGAGGGGGGGCCCCUUACCGUACACACACCCCACACACCUCCAGCCAGGGACGCCCGUACACCCUGCACCGCUCCUGUGUGGGGGCGGGAGAAGGAGGACAUGCGGGUGAAGCUGGUUAGGGUGCUGGCUAACAUGUCCAUCCACCCUGCAGUGGGACCUACCCUGGCAGCUAGCACACACCUAGUACACAACCUGCUGGACACACUGGGUGAGUUUCAGUGCUUUGAGGGUAAUGUAAGGGUGAAAUGAUGGUCCCAUAAUGUUCUCAUAACAUCCCCAUAAUGUUCCCAAAAUGUUCUAAUAACGUCACAAUACUGUUCUCAGAACAUCUGAAAAAAGGUGCACCCAAAGAGCCCACACUUGAAUAGAUCUGAUAAGUUUAUUGACAGGACAAACCAAGGCCAGCCAAGGCUCUAAUGAAGGCGAUUUACUCUGAAACGUGUGCCUGUUUGUAUGUCCCGUCAAUAAACGUAUCACACUGUACAAAGCCUUUACUGUAAAACUCUGUACAGUCAGUCCUUUGGUACCACAGCUUCCUGUGUGCUGGGGAUAAAACAUCUAACACCUAUUCUGUUCUUCAAUUUCUAGCUUUUCUUUUUUUUUUUUUGCACCUCCUUUUUCAAUUUGGGUCCUUUUGAAGUCUGAAAGAGCCAGAGAGAGAACAGGAUGUUCUGUGCACUUUAGAGCCUGGUUGGUUUCUUAAGAAACUUCUAGGUGGUUGGAAUGAUGGUUUCAGGACUGACUGGUACAGGCCAUGUUCAGGUGGGUGUGAAAUUCUCAGUUUCUCAGCUUUAGCUGUGAGCUCUUCCCUUCCGCCUCCCUCCCACACACUGUAGUGUACUGUUACUGAGAGAGAGAAAGAGAGAGAGAGAGAGGGGAGACAGGCAGACACAGAGACAGACAGACAGACAGACUACUGCUCCCCCUCACACCUACGCUGCUGUUCAUUGGUUAUUGAUUGUAAUUACCAUUAAUAUCUAUCUAUUUAUCCUGCUACUAGUCAAUAUUACUCCGGUUUACCAUUAGUAUAUUAACAUACGUUUUUAUAUAUUCCUGCUACCAGUCACAUUUCAGCCCUGUUUAUAUGUACACUGAGUGUACAGAACAUUAAGAAGACCUUCCUAAUAUUGAGUUGCACCCCCUUUUGCCCUCAGAACAGCCUCAAUUCGUCGGGGCAUGGACUCUACAAGGUGUCGAUAGCAUUCCACAGGGAUGCUGGCCCAUGUUUACUCCAAUGCUUCCCACAGUUAUGUCAAAUUGUCUGGAUGUCCUUUGGGUGGUGGACCAUUUUUGAUACACAUCGGAAACUGUUGAGUGUGAAAAACCCAGCAGCGUUGCAGUUCUUGACACACUCAAACCGGUGCUCCUGGCACCUACUACCCCAUUCAAAGGCACUUAAAUAUUUUGUCUUGCCCAUUCACUCUUUGAAUGGCACACACACACAAUCCAUGUCGCAAUUGUCUCAAGGCUUUGAAAUCCUUCUUCAACCUGUCCUCCCCUUCAUCUACACUGAUUGUUCUACAGCUGCACCAUCAAGAGCAUCCUGACCGGUUGCAUCACUGCCUGGUAUGGCAACUGCUCGCCAUCCAGGACCGAUAUACUAGGCGGUGUCAGAGGAAGGCCCAUAAAAUUGUCAAAGACUCGUCACCCAAGUCAUAGACUGUUCUCUCUGCUACAGCACGGUAAGCGGUACCGGAGCACCAAGUCUAGGUCCAAAAAGCUCCUUAACAGCUUCUACCCCCAAGCUAUAAGACUGCUGAACAAUUAAUCAAAUGGCCACCUGGACUAUUUACAUUGACCCCCCCCCCCCCGGACUAUUUACAUUGACCCCCCCCCCCCCCCUUUGUUUUACACUGCUGCUACUCUCUGUUUAUUAUCUAUGCAUAGUCACUUUACCCCUACCUACAUGUACAAAUUACCUCAAAUAACCUGUACCCCCGCACAUUGACUCGGUACUGGUACCCCCUGUAUAUAGCCUCGUUAUUGUUAUGUAAUUUUAUUGUGUUACUUUUUAUUUGAUUUUUUACUUUAGUUUAUUUAGUAAAUAUUUUGAACUGCAUUGUUGGUUAAGGGUUUGUAAGUAAGCAUUUCACGGUAAGGUCUACACCUGUUGUAUUCGGUGCAUGUGACAAAUACAUUUUGAUUUGAUUUGAUUUGAAGUGGAUUUAAAAAGUGACAUCAAUAAGGGAUCAUAGCUUUCACCUGGAUUCACCUGGUCAGUCCAGGUCAUGGAAGUGUGUUUGUACACUCACUGUAUCACGCCUACGCUGACACCUUUGCACACACACACACACACACACACACUCAUAACCACACACACUGUUUACUAUUAUUAUUAUUAUUAUUAUUAUUAUUUCUCCUGCUACCAGUCACUUUCUCUUCCUCCCUGCCCACAUGUACAUAUCUACCUGAAUACUCCAGUAUCCCUGCACAUUGUAAAUGUGGCACUGACCCUGUACAUAGCGUCCUGUAUUAUUUCUCCUGUUUUUUUUGUUAUUAGUUCUACUAUUUUUUCAGUGGGGGAAAAAAGUAUUUAGUCAGCCACCAAUUGUGCAAGUUCUCCCGCUUAAAAAGAUGAGAGAGGCCUGUAAUUUUCAUCAUAGGUACACGUCAACUAUGACAGACAAAUUGAGGAAAAAAAAUUCCAGAAAAUCACAUUGUAGGAUUUUUUAUGAAUUUAUUUGCAAAUUAUGGUGGAAAAUAAGUAUUUGGUCACCUACAAACAAGCAAGAUUUCUGGCUCUCACAGACCUGUAACUUCUUCUUUAAGAGGCUCCUCUGUCCUCCACUCGUUACCUGUAUUAAUGGCACCUGUUUGAACUUGUUAUCAGUAUAAAAGACACCUGUCCACAACCUCAAACAGUCACACUCCAAACUCCACUAUGGCCAAGACCAAAGAGCUGUCAAAGGACACCAGAAACAAAAUUGUAGACCUGCACCAGGCUGGGAAGACUGAAUCUGCAAUAGGUAAGCAGCUUGGUUUGAAGAAAUCAACUGUGGGAGCAAUUAUUAGGAAAUGGAAGACAUACAAGACCACUGAUAAUCUCCCUCGAUCUGGGGCUCCACGCAAGAUCUCACCCCGUGGGGUCAAAAUGAUCACAAGAACGGUGAGCAAAAAUCCCAGAACCACACGGGGGGACCUAGUGAAUGACCUGCAGAGAGCUGGGACCAAAGUAACAAAGCCUACCAUCAGUAACACACUAUGCCGCCAGGGACUCAAAUCCUGCAGUGCCAGACGUGUCCCCCUGCUUAAGCCAGUACAUGUCCAGGCCCGUCUGAAGUUUGCUAGAGUGCAUUUGGAUGAUCCAGAAGAGGAUUGGGAGAAUGUCAUAUGGUCAGAUGAAACCAAAAUAUAACUUUUUGGUAAAAACUCAACUCGUCGUGUUUGGAGGACAAAGAAUGCUGAGUUGCAUCCAAAGAACACCAUACCUACUGUGAAGCAUGGGGGUGGAAACAUCAUGCUUUGGGGCUGUUUUUCUGCAAAGGGACCAGGACGACUGAUCCGUGUAAAGGAAAGAAUGAAUGGGGCCAUGUAUCGUGAGAUUUUGAGUGAAAACCUCCUUCCAUCAGCAAGGGCAUUGAAGAUGAAAUGUGGCUGGGUCUUUCAGCAUGACAAUGAUCCCAAACACACCGCCCGGGCAACGAAGGAGUGGCUUCGUAAGAAGCAUUUCAAGGUCCUGGAGUGGCCUAGCCAGUCUCCAGAUCUCAACCCCAUAGAAAAUCUUUGGAGGGAGUUGAAAGUCCGUGUUGCCCAGCGACAGCCUCAAAACAUCACUGCUCUAGAGGAGAUCUGCAUGGAGGAAUGGGCCAAAAUACCAGCAACAGUGUGUGAAAACCUUGUGAAGACUUACAGAAAACGUGUAUAUUGAUUACUGCUCUGUUGGGUAGAGCUAGCAGGUUAAGCAUUUCACUGUACUGGUGCAUGUGACAAAUCAAACUUGAAACUGAAACAGACAGACGUUUUCUUCUCGCUCCUCUCUGCACUGGCUGUGGACCCAAAUCAGGCAGCUCAAUGAUAUCCUGUUUUGAUCACAGUUUAUGACAGGUCAUGCAUGCUGCUUUACAUUAGAGACAGAGACAGGGAGAGGAGGAGAUAUUCUCCACCACACCAAAGGGCCUUUCCAGUCAGAUCCAGAAACGAAACAAACACUAUGACGCAGGCACCGGUUGACAGUACAACCGCAAUAUCUUUGCGAUAAUAUGACCGAACAAGCUAUAUAUUUUCCUUCUCUCUCUCGCUCUCUCUCUGUCUCUCUCUCUCGUGCUGUUGAAGCUGCUCCUCAUCUCCAGUAUGGAUGGGAUUAUGGAGGCCAUGUGUGUGUUUGGAAACCUGUCCCAGUCCAGGGAGGUUCGCCACGUCAUCAUAUAAAACAAAGGUGUUCAUGCUCUAUUGACACCCCGUGAGAGAAAAUUAGAACUGUCCGGAGUUUUAUCAGCCCACCUUUAGGAGCAGAUGCACUCAAGGAGAGCUAAUGUAAGGCAGUGUGUGAAUCCAAUGUGACUUAAACCCCUCUCACCCGUCAUGUGACGUGUGUGCGCCUGUGUGCAGGCUGUCAGACAGUGAGGGACUUUGGACCAGUGGACUGGCAGCUGGCUUGGCAGCUGGCUGGCCUGGUGUGUCAGGCCCUGUGGAACCUCACUGAAGAGGGGGGGACGGGGACAGGGAUGGAGACAGACUCCCCCUCCACACUGGACAACCAGUAG